AUGUGGACUGCCAUUGUAUUCUUCAUGCUGAUUUCCUUCUGUGUAUGUGAACACAGGUUUUCUGUCCUGAGACGGAGAGGAGUCCAUGUAGUGCGAAUGAACAGGCUUGCAACUGAAAAGCAGUGCAGGCAGGCUUGUCAAAGCCCAGGUGCUUCAGGUAACCGUCACUGUAAUUGGUCUGUGCCCUACCAGAAUCGCUGCAUCCUCUUGCAGUGUCACCAGCUGAGCAUGUGCCAGAAUGCCAGAGAACAAGACAUCAAAGCUCUGCUUGGAGAAAUUGUCGGUGGCAAGAGGGAGACAGUCCUGUUUCACCACCAAAGCUAUCCACAGAAAAAGGACAGGAUGGUGAAUGCACAGGCUGAUCGACACAAUGUGGAAAACAUGCUUUCCUCAACUGCUUGGACUCGCAAGAUUCACUUGAGGCAUUUGCUUGGGCUUGGGAGUGAAGAUGUAACAACAAAUGCAAGAAAAGCAAUUGCAAGCAAUGCUGCCACCACCACCGUGACCACCACCACUGCCACAGCUGUAAUAAUAAACAUUACAAACGCAACUGUCCUCAGUACCGCUUAUGAAACAAUUGCCAAAGCCUCAAAUGUCCCUGGAGGUUCUGGUCUCCUUGCUGAAGCCAAUGCCUCUUCUCCUGCUUCUGGUAACAUCUCUGCUUCCACUUCCAGCCACAUCACCAAGCUUGUGGCCACCACUGAAAAAUCAGGAAAUAGUAGCUCUGUCUCAGUAUUGUCCCCCACUUCUACUUCUGCUCCCCUCACUGUCAUUUCUGAAGCAGGUACUCAAAUACCUCAAACAGAGCAGUUUAACUCAGCCACCACCACCAGCACUCCCCGCUCUAGUAGCCCCUCCACUGUCAGAGCUGGCCUGAAGACACUGAGCACAACAUUGACCACCCUCAUCCUGCAGGAUACGGGAACAUCUUCCACUGCUUCCACUCAUGCCACAGCACUCACCCACUUGGAGAGUUCACGCUCCGCAAGUCCACUGCCUGGCAUUACAUUGCUAUAUCUAGGGCCAGAAGCAAGUACAGCCACAACAUCCUUGAGUAAAUCGACUUCUCUUGUGGGCUCUACAAGAGGUGCCUCUACAGCAGAAACUACGACUGGGCAUGGGAUAAAGUCACCAUCUCACAUUUUUUCAACAACCACAACUCCAGCAGAUCCACACAAAACAACAGCUUCGGGCCUUGCAGAAACUCAGGACAUGGACAAUGAGUAUUUUCUCAUCGCUGCCGAGCCCCUGACUCAAUACUUAGUGGAUAAAAGCUUGCUUCUUGCAGUGCUUUUAGUUGGUAUGGUUUUUUUCAUAACUGUUAUAGUUCUUUUCCUUAUGCAGGCCUAUGAGAGCUACAAGAAGAAGGAUUACACACAAGUGGAUUACCUGAUCAAUGGAAUGUAUGUGGACUCAGAGAUGUGA